AUGUCUCUCGCACUGAACCGACCGUCCACUGCGGAUCUGCGGCGAUCUGGUGAUCCUAGCCGUAGCUGCGGACCCACGAUUAUGGAAAUUAUCUCAACGGACGAUAAGCCGAAAACACUUCCUGCCUUUUCUGGGCCUGCGGCCCCAAUGCAUCGCAUUCCUCCCGACGGAUCGCAUGGUCCACCGAGUGUGCCGGGAAUGUACGAACAGCCAUGGCGUCAUUACCCUCCCUACGAAGGUCACCCUGUAGAACAACGUCGAACAUCUACUGCUCCUCCACCAUUAUCUUCACAUGGGUACCCUGUUAUCCCGAAUCGCGAACUACCGCAGCUUCCUCCCGACGGCCCGUAUAGCAGACAGGGAAGCCUAACAGGCCCAAAACACGCACCGACGGAAGCGCAUCCAUCGUUCCGGGGUCCCGUGAAUGGGACACCUCAUGAGCCGGCACCACAUUCUGCGCCGCCUGAGUAUCGAUCUCGGAUGUCUUUUCCCCCUCAAGAGCCACAUAGUAAUGGCGACGCUCCGCCUCCAUUACCGCCACACUCAAUUCCCCCAGCUCCGUAUUCUACCCCUGUUCCGCCUAUGUCUCAUACACCUGCCCCAUAUGACUCUAGCUAUUACCAAAGCCAGGCCUAUGGUAUUCGCCAGCGCAAGGCUGCACGAGCACAGCAGGCUUGCGAUCAAUGCCGAGCGAGGAAAGCAAAGUGCGAUGAAGGUCGGCCGUCAUGUAGUCAUUGCAAGGAAAACAACUUAAACUGCGUGUACAAAGAAGUUCCUCCGCACAAACAAGAAAAGGCGACCCAGCUCUUAUUGGAUCGAUUACAGUCGUUCCAGGACGCUAUAUUGGACAGAUUCGAUCGUUUGGACCAGCUUAAUACGGAGCAUGGGAACAAUUUUAAUUCCAUCCUGGCAAAGAUAGACGCCAAGUCCGCACCUAAGGAACCACGGAAACCGGCAGUCCCGCAAUUAGCAAAGAAGGACAUAAUCGAUAUUCAGGAAUCCAAAGCCAAGGAUGAGAAUAUUGCUACAAUGCAGGAGCAGAUACCAGAACCAACUGAAACGGCCACAGAGCAAGUUGUUCCCUCUGGUGAGGAUGGUGAGCUCUCAAUCCCUGUAGAGCAUACAACGGCGGCUCACAAAUUGCUGUUGUGGCCUUCUAUUCGGAACCUUCUUCGUCCAAGAGAGUAUGAUGAGGAUUACGUGAUGAAACUCGAAGAAAAAAGGGGCUUAAUUCGUGUCUAUGGUCGUGGAGAGGGAGAUGAGACCAGUGAAGACAAUGGCCUGUCGCCUCCGCCAACGACCUUGAGCACCAGCUUCAAUGAAAACCAGCCAUACUAUCCGACUUCACCCUCUAAUGGACCUUGGGGGGUGUACGUGAACCAACCCCAGAUUAAACUUGAAAACAAAGGGCUUGACGAGAAUGGUAUGCUAACUGCAGACCCUGAUAUGGUUCGUCGUUAUCACAAGAGCUAUAUGAAACAUAUGCAUCAGCUUCACCCAUUUCUUGAUCAGAGCGACUUAGAGAACAAAGUCGAUUAUUUUAUCAGGAUGUACUGCCCACUGAAAGGUCCUAUGCCGUCCCCAGGAUUACUGAACAAUCAUGUGAAUGAGAUGCCUCGAGGCGCAAAACGAAAGCGUUCAUGCGAAAACUUACAAGGCGUGGGAUGUGAUGUGCAAUCCGCUGCUGAACAGGGUAGCGGCCGGCGGAUAGAAAAAUCUAUCUAUAAUGCUAUUAUUCUUCUGGUCCUCGCGCUUGGCAGUAUCUGCGAAGCCAAUCCUGUGCCCGGCCCAGUCACAGACCAGCCGGUGGACUUCCGAAAAGAAACAAUACCUGGUCCUCCUACGCACGGUAUACUAUCGCCGGCAGGUUCAGAUUCUCUUCCUCAGUCGCAAGGCAGCGGCUAUGUCACGGAAAGUCACACCUUUGCAUCUCCUUCAUUGGUGGGCAAUCGACAGAGCGGUGUCGAGGGGAACCCAAUAUCCCAAGACAAGAACUUGGAUUAUAUUCCUGGCUUAGCAUUUUACGCAUAUGCUACCCAGAUCCUUGGAAGUCUUCAAGGAGCAAAUAGACUGCCUCACGUUCAAGCAGCCUUAUUAGCAGGACUUUAUGCAGGCCAGCUAGCGCACCCCUUCCAGAGCCACGGAUGGAUUUAUCAAGCCGCCAGGGCUUGCCAAGUUUUGGUUCGAUCAAAGCGUUACACACAGAUGCCUGAUGGCCCCGACAAGGACCUUUACGAUUUUGCGUACUGGACCUGCCUUCAACUGGAGAGUGAUAUACUAGCAGAACUUGAUCUUCCCGCUAGCGGCAUAUCACGCUCGGAAGCUCGCAUCUCCUUACCAAAGGGACGGUUUACUCUUAACCUUCCGAAUGAAAUCUCCGCCCCAAGUACUAUGAUGAUGUUUUUUUACUCGGCCCAGAUUCAUCUAAGAAAGGUUCUCAACCGUGUCCAUACUGAUCUAUACAAAGUUGAAAAGCAAGGACAGACCCAUUGGUCAUCGCACGUUCAAGAAAUCUUAAGUAUGAAUCUUGAACUUUGGCGAAACAGCCUGCCUGCUGUGAUGAAGUGGAAAGACACAGAUCCACCAUCAGAAGAGAUUAACGUCGCGCGGAUGCGAGCUAAGUACUAUGGUGCACGUUACAUUAUCCAUCGUCCCUUACUGUAUCACGCCCUUCACCACUAUGGCCAAUUAGACCUUCGCGCAUCAUCGGAUGGUCCGUCUACUGAAGCUACUGCUAUGGCUGCUUCUAAGUCGCAGCAGAUAUCACCAUCAUUGAGCCAUAGUCAAGGUGCCACGAACAUGGCACGCCUGUCAAGUGAUAUAGGCCCUGCAUCUGGGUUUACAGGGAUUGCACACCGCGACUUGCCCACAAAGCUACGAAGAGCUUGUAAAGUUUGUAUUGAUUCAGCUAUGCUAAGUACAGUGGCCUUUGAUGGCAUAAAGGGUCGUCCAGUGGUGACCAACAUUUUUGGUACCGCCCAUGCACAAUUUGGUAACAUGUUGGUAUUGUCCGCUACAUACAUGUCUAGCCUCUCGGAACUAGUGGAUCGAAACGAGCUCGAGAGACUUCUUAAGCGAACGAUUAACUUCCUGCUGCAGAGCCGUUAUAUUUCUCCUAGUCUCCGAGCUGACGCGCGAAUUCUUACCGAAAUAUACGAGAAAAUAUUUGGAAAUCCCUCAGACUGGAGGGAUACAACUGACUAA